GGAGGGAAACUCAGAGCUGAGGCGGGGUUGCCUCACCAGCGCAACCAGGGUACGGGAGGCUUCUUCGGCUGCUGCUGCGGCGACACGGGGCCUCUCCGCCUCUAUUAGCUCCGUACGGCCGGGCCGGGAGCCCAGCGGAAGGCUGAAACUCGGUGGGCAUGGCCUUGGAUACAAGGAGUUUUUUCUCCUCUGGAAAAUUUGGUCAAAGGUAGCACCAACUGUUUGAUGUCCUGAGUGGUAAAGCUGUAUAGGUCAAUUGCAGGAUCAAGAUGUGGACAAAAUGGCUGAGAAAAGGAAGAAAUUUAUCUCUUUAUCGUGGCAGAAUGUGGGCAACAUGACAGCAAAAAUACUUUCCUGUAAGAUCACAACAGCAUUUCUUUCUUUAAUUAUUGCAGAGAAAUGCGGAGCCUAUGAUGUGAUGUUCAAGCAUAGUCUUGUGCCUGAUGGGCAGCCUCUUGUUAUUAAAUGUUCACUGGAAAAGAGCUUCAAUUUUAAAAGUGGAGACUGCAACUUAACAUGGUAUAAAGUUGGUAACCAAACUGCAGUGCCUAGAGACAGACUUUCUAGAAUUCAUCAGCAGAAGAGUUUAAUUUGGUUUCUCCCUGCAAUAUUAGAAGAUUCUGGAAAUUAUGAAUGUGUCAUAAGUUGCAGGAAUUUGACAAGCUGCAGCAAAAUGUCUACAGAAGUAACAGUUUUUGAGAGGACUGAUGGCUUAUGCUUAAAUGAAAAAUUUGCUGUAGAGGAGGUGGUAUUCACUUCAUCAUCUGCAAAGGUUGUGUGUCCACACUUGGAUCACUUCAGGAAUGAGAAAAAUAUUCUACCUGUUCAUUGGUAUAAGGACUGUCAGCUACUGGAAGGGAAACGAUUUGCCUUCUUAAACAGUGACCUUGUGAUUUUCAAUGUGACUGUGCAAGAUCAAGGGAACUAUACAUGCAAAACAACAUAUACCUAUAAUGGAAAGCAAUAUGACAUUGCACGAGACAUUAGUCUGAUUGUAGAAGUGAGCCCACCAAAAAUGCCCCCAGAAAUAUCUUAUCCGCAAAACAACUCAAUUGAAGUGGAACUUGGCUCACAGGUGACAGUGGAUUGCAAUACAACAGGUGCUGAUGGGUUUGAGGUGUUUUGGACAGGCAACGGUGUGUAUAUUGAUGUGUUUUAUGUGAGCAGAAUUUUUGCAAAGCCCAAUAAGCAUUUCAGAUUGUGGAACUUCUCUUCCACCAAGCACUGGGAUGCUCCGCCUACUUUUACAGAUGCUGAGAACCCCCUGCAACAUGGUGAGGAAACUGCUUAUGAUGGACGCCCUGUGUAUUCUGUGAAGCUCAUAAUUUCAGAAGUGCAUAGUGAAGACUAUGAACAACCAUUCGUCUGUCAAGCUUCAAAUGCCUUUGGACAGGUUGCAUCCUAUAUUAUAUUAAAACAUAGAGCUCCUGAUGUACAAAGAUGGCUGACUGGAGUGUUUGUCUCUUUCUUACUGUUAACAUUUAUUAUUCUGGUCGUCUAUAAGAUUUUCAAGAUUGACUUGGUGCUUUGGUAUCGUAAUUUUGGAUGUGCCUUUGUAAGUAAGGAAGAUGGAAAAAUCUAUGAUGCAUGUGUCCUGUACACAAAAGGCUGUGGAGGCAGCAACUUCUAUCGUCUGGAAACCUUUGUUCUUAGAAUACUCCCCAACGUUUUAGAACAACAAUGUGGAUAUAAUCUCUUUAUUUUAGGAAGGGAUGACCUACCAGGAGAAGCUGUGGUCAGUGUUGCUGAUGAAAUCUUCAAGCAAAGCAGAAGACUGAUGAUUAUUUUUGGAUCUGAAACAUUUAGUUGCGUCCAGUUGGAAGAUGCCUCUGAACAACAAUUAGCUUUGUAUAGUGCUCUUAUCCGUGAUGAGACUCAAGUGAUUCUUAUAGAAAUGGAUGGAACACAGGACUACACAAGCAUGCCAGAAUCAAUCAGAUAUAUUAAGCAAAAGCAUGGGGCCAUCCAAUGGAAAGGAGACUUCUCAGAGAAAUCUUGUUCAGCAAAUACAAAAUUCUGGAAAAAUGUGCGCUAUCAAAUGCCAGCCAAGAAAAAAGUGUCUUUUUCUGAAGUUUAUUUAUCACCUCAAACUUUGAACAAUUCUGCAGCAAAGGGAAAUUAAGAUCUACUUACUAAAAUACUACUGAGAAGGUAAUUUGGAAAUAUGUUUUCUACACAAAUUUUUUGUGUUACGAACAGAGGUUUUUUUGGUCAAGGAGUAAAAACUACUCAUCCCUUCUUGAAAUUAAACCUUAAAAGGAAAACUGUGCAACUGUGUUUCUGUUUCAGCUACAGAUAAAGAGCAAUUUAUUCAGGUUUAUGUCUGGAUUAAGCAUUGUGGAUGUUGAUAGACUGUUCAGGAGUGAUGAUCCAGAUUAGUGUAAUGUCCACUGAAGAACCAACUGUGAAGUCUGUUUGUUUUCUAAUUGAAACUGCUGUUGAUGGUUAUGUAGACUGCAUUUUCCUAGCAAUUCUGUUACUCUUGUUUUCGUCCCUCCAGAAUUAUCUGAUCUCCUCAUUACCAUAAAAAUCUGCACUGUGCAAGUUUUGGAGUCCACUCUUGAGUAACAAGCCUUACUCUUGUUUCUUGGAGGGGAUAGGGAAAUACUGGGUAGGUUUGAAAUGACUCACAGUACUGCAUGCGUUGAACCAGUGAUUACCAAAUAUGCUAAACAAAUGGAUUCAUGAAUUCUCACACAUUUAUUAAAUAAUUCUGUAAUACCUGGUUUGUGGAGUAUUUCUAAACUUUGUCCCUUGAAAUGGUCAGGAAACUGAAAAUAUUUAUGACUUCUUUCAAACUAGACUUUGCUGCUACUCAGGAAAACGCGUUCUCAUUCUGUUUCUCACCUGCUUAAGUGCAAACCUAGAAAUUUCACUCUGUCAAUGGACUGUACUUGGACAGGACAUUUUUGGGAGUGGAAAGUGGCCAGUUCUGAAACCUGAUCAGGAGUUGAUGGCAAGAGAUGAUGAUAUCUUGUGUAUUUGUGAAAGAAAAAAAGUAGAGGUGUGUGGCUAUCUCUGCUUACUUGGAAGUAGUUCUGUAUUUUUGGACACCAACCCAUGUUCUGUGUGCAUUGCUGUGUAAAAGGGAUGAGUCAGGAUGGUCUGAAAUUGCGGCUGUUUUCAUUCACCAUCCUUGAAGAGUGUCAUCUGAAUGCAGACAUGAAUUCUGCUUACUUUAUAAGUGUUCUUAUGUAAAAUUGAGCAGGUUCUUAAAUUAUCUUUAUUACCAACAUGGCAUCUGUCACUGAAUCCUUUUAGCUGAUUCUCAGAAGUGUGCAUGCUUUGGAAUAUGCACAUGGUUGGGCUUUAUUUAUAAAGAUGAGAGAGAAGGAAUGGCUCAGGAGUGUAACAUGUAUUAAAGAAAAUAUUUGAGAAGUA